CAAAGCUCAAGGAUGACCACAAGUCACUCACUGGCACGCGCGGCUCUCCAAAAGCGCACGCUGGACCAACGCCAGCCCUGGCUGGAAGACUGACUUUGAUUCAAGUUAGGCCUGUCACCCAAGCGGCUAACACCACCCGCUCCUGGGCAGGUGACCCCACCGAGCAAACCGAUCCAUCUGGUCCACGCUCCCCACCUCCUCCCGCAGAGGUCGGAGAUGGGGAUGGAAAAGUUUGGGGAGUAGUCCCCGGCUAAGCAGAAGGACAUUUUUUUUUUUUUUUUUUUUAAUUCCUCAAGCACUCUCAGGUGCUCAGAAAGGGAGGAUGACAGGAUGACAUCCGGACAGUCUCCGGCCGCUCCUCCCCCGGACCUGUUAUGAAACUCUGGACUCUUUCAACCUCACCCCGCUAGUGUGUCCUCCAGCCCGAGGGCCCUCCCCACAACUAUAAAGGUGGCAGCGCCGGCCUGUUGAGCUCACUUGCUGGACAGAGCGGGUGGCAGAGGGACGCGGCCGUGGCGCGCGACCGCUCCGGGCUCCCCGACGUGCUCCAGCCGCAGCCCCGCGCUCUCCCCGCGCCGCCGCCCGCUGCCCGGCCCGAGCGCCCGCGCCGCCGCUCCCUGCUCCCGGCGGGAAGGACAAUGGAGGCGCGACGCGCGGGCCGCGUCCCCGCGCUGCUGCUGUGCCUGGGUUGCCAUCUUCUCCAAGCAGUUUUCGGCACCACCGUGAUUCCUUCAUGCAUCCCAGGAGAAUCCGAAGAUAACUGUACAGCUUUAGUUCAGACAGAAGACAAUCCACGUGUGGCUCAAGUGUCAAUAACAAAGUGUGGCUCUGACAUGAAUGGCUUCUGUUUGCAUGGACAGUGCAUCUACCUGGUGGACAUGAGUGAAAAUUAUUGCAGGUGUGAAGUGGGUUACACUGGGGUCCGCUGCGAGCACUUCUUUUUAACCGUCCAACAGCCCUUGAGCAAAGAAUAUGUCGCUUUGACUGUGAUUCUCGUUUUCUUGUUUCUCGUCAUCGUUGCCGGUUCCAUGUACUACUUCUGCAGAUGGUACAGAAAUCAAAAGAGUAAAGAACCAAAGAAGGAAUACGAAAGGGUGACGUCAGGGGAUCCAGCAUUGCCACAAGUCUGAAUGCUGCCGUCCAGCUAUGGGCAGGGAUGCGCAGCGUGCCUGAUUAUGUUAAUAUUCCUAUUUUAUUAAUAAUAUUUAUGUUGGAUCAUGUGUUAAGUCAACAAUGGUGCAUUUUUAAUAUACUUGGAAAAGUUUUUUAUUUUUGUUUUAUUUUUGACAGACUAUUUGCUAAUGUAUAAUGUAUACAAAAUAUAUAAUAUAGAAAGAAGUCCUAUUUUUGUAAGAAAUAAUUUCCUGGGCCAAAUGCUUUAGCUUCAAAGCUCAUUUGCCAGCUACACAAUGCUUAGGAGUGAGCGAUGUCCAGUUCAUCACCCAGGAAGGGUCAGCAAAUGACAGAUUCCUGUUAAGCCUAAAUAUAUAUGGUCAAAUCGAGUGAAUAUUUUCCUAUUCCUCGCAUGAGCGAUAAUUGAUUUGACCGUAUCACAGUUUGAUGUAUGGCAUGGCACCACUGUGUCAUGUAUCAGAACACUAAUGCAAUGGGAAUUGGGGAGAAGCGAGUCUAUAUCAUGUGCUAAGCACUACACGCGGGGAACGAAGUAGACCCAGAAGGGCUGUAUCCUUCAGUCCCUACCCUCAGCUCUGAUUCCAUGGUGACUGGCCUGGAGGGCAAGUGGACAGUGCCCUCUGCCAGCUCACAACUCCUGUGGACACGAGUCACCCAGCUGCAGAUUCUUCUUGCAUUAAAGGAAUUGACAACUUCAUUUUACGCCAUCUUUUAUGUAAAUAGUAGGUGUUUUCUAGCUUCACGAUGUUUCUUGAGAAACAUAUGUUCAUGAGAAAAUU